AUGUCUUCACCAACGAAAUCGGGACACCAAAAAUUAAGGUCUUAUUUCCGAAUUACGCGUAUGUUGGUAUUGCGAGAAAAUAGCCGUUACUAUCGCAGAUUGCGGAAAAAAAAACGUCACGAAAAGGCUCUUGAUGAACUACGUAAAAUAGUGCCUACAGUGGAUGACAAUACAUCUGUACUUGAUUUGCUGCAUAAAAGCAUUGAGUACAUCAUCAAACUCCAGAAUGAAGUUGAUCGGUUAUUGCGAGGUGAAAAUGUAGAAAAUAUGCCACCUGCCAUAGAUAAUUCCAGGUACAGAUUACAUCCUUUCAGAUUUCAGAAAUCUGUUAAACUUUAUCUCAGCUUAAAAGAUUCACCUAGCUAA